AUCGGAUCAGCAGAAAUCAUACAUAUGUACAAGUUCUAUGAAAAAUCCUAAACAAAUUUGUCCGUCAGAUGACUUCGCUUUGCUUCCGGCUGAAGAAUGUAAUCAAUUUUACCUUUGUUCAAAUGGUGUGGAGACACUGCUGGAAUGUGAUGAGGGUGAAAACUUCAAUCCAAUUACUUCUUUUUGUGAUCCCGCUUACGAGUGCGAGGAUAAUGAGCAAACAACAACGGCAGCAAUAACAACAACAACACCAAUAGCUCCUACAACUAGCUCCCCUGUAACAGUUUCGCCUCCAUCUGAUGGUCUUCUGGAUGUUUUGCUGCCCAUGGACCCGUGCCCGCUGGUGGGAGUUGCCUAUCGAAUUCACGAGCAAAAUUGUCGCCUCUAUUACUACUGUCGAGAUGGCAUAGAUCGAUUACAGUCCUGUUCAGUUUUCCGUCGGUUUGAUAUGUUUACUGGUCAAUGUAUGUUUCCGGAUGAUGCUACUUGUUUUCCUGGAACAGAUGUUUUCUUCGAGAUCGAGACGGACUCUGAUGUAAAUAUUAUUGAUUGA